UUGGUGACAGCGUGUUAAUGCUGUAUAACCAAUAACUAGCUGACCUGGUAAAGUUUUUUUUAUAUAUCCUAACAUCAUUUACUACGUCCAUUUUUCUGUUGAGAUAAAACUGUCCCACCUCUGAAGUUGAUGCAAACAAUACCCAUUUACAUUUCAUUAACAAAAAGUCGGCUAAGCGGAUUUGGAGAUUAGAGUGAAUGAAUCUUAUCAUCAUCAUAUCAGCCGUUAUCUGACAACCGCUGAACAUAGGCCUCCCCCUUAGACUGCUAUAAAGAUCGGUUCACUGACUUCCUGCAAUACAAUUGAGUCCGUCACUCCAUCCAGUGGAGAGUAGUCUUACACUGCGUUUGCCCGUGUCGGACCCAUGGGGUCGCCACUCACGAACUAUUCUUCUCCAUCGGUUGUCGAUUUUUCGAGCUAUGUGACCAGCCCAUUGCCACUUCAAUUUGUUUAUCUUUCAGGUUGGAAUUAAUUACAUUAGCAAGAAGCAGUAAUGACAGAAACAACUUUGUAUUGUUCGGUAAUUUACCAAACACAUUAUAUAAAAGUAUUGAAGACAUGCCGUUUACGUUUGUUGUGAUGAACAUGGCUAAGAACAAUUACGAAAUAGAUAUAGAGGUGCCUUAUAAAUCCCAUACCAUAUUAAUGAAAUCUUUCGAUUUUGACGAUUUUGAACCUAAUUUUCUAAAGGUAUAUGGAUCGCGAUAUUGGCACCCACAUGCUAAUUUGAUUUUAUAUUUUGAAAAAGAAUUCACGAAAAUUAAAAUGGCUACAAUUUAUUUCAUUUUAUGGUACUACAAAAUGUCUAAUGCAGUCAUAGUUUACUAUAAUUGUACGAAAGAAUCCUUUCUUGUAUCUUACUAUAAUCCAUAUGUAAGUGCAAAAUACAGACUUCAAAACAAUUUCGGAUGUUGGACAGCGAAAAAAAUUGGCUUACCUAUUAAAGAGUUUAAGGAUAAUUUUGUUUGCGUUAAUGAAUGCCAAAACGUUACACAGCAUUCAAAGCUUCGCGCUAACAAUCUUGGCACUUGUAUUGGUUUUGAUAUAUAUGAAAUACAAUACAAUGACAGAAAAUCUUUACGUAAACUAAACUUAUUUGAGGACAAAGGAAAAAAUAUGCAUGGUUACAUGCUCAGAUCAUACAUCACCGAAGUGAAACCAUUCAUGGCCAUAGAAGAUCAUCAUAAUGGAACAUACAUACUAAAAGGCAGAGACGGUUUGAUAUGGACCACAAUAACAAAACUUAUGAAUUUUACUAUUGAUCUUUCUCCAAGUACAGCAAUUAUGAAAAGUCCGUUUAAUUACGAAUUAAACAUUCAACAGAUAUUCUCAUUUGCUAACAGGAAAGGGGAUUUAUUUCUUAUUCCUAUAUAUCAAAUAGAUCUUAUUAUUGUUGAGGUAGACAUUACAUUUCCUUAUAAAGAAAGCGGUCUUUGCCUAGCAUCUUAUCGAGCAGGUUUUGAAACUAGUCUCUUCGACAUUACACUUAUGGUUAAAAACUAUAAACUUACAAUCGAAUUCUUAUUUUGCUUUUUAGGCAUCUGGUUCAUUUUCUUUUUAUUUAAUGCUGUAGAAAAAGGAGAAGUUAGCUACGAUCAAGCUGGUAAGGAUUUAGUUAAUGCCUUUAGGAAUAUUCUAUCUAUUAGCCUUUACAAGGGACCAAAAAGCAAUUUAUUUCGAAUUUUCAUGACUACCUCAAUUUGGAGUUUUUUCCUCUUAAACUUUUUCACUCAGGCAGCGAUUAUUUCAUUUUUUAGUUCAUUUAAAAGAGGAAAAGAGAUGAACACAUUCGAAGAUAUACUUGCUACAGGAUACAAUAUAUAUGGUAUGGCGUCUCCAGAUGCUGUGCUACCAGAAACCGAGGAACGAUUUUCUAAAAUAAAUCAGAAACUGGUACCUAUUCAGAACAUAAUCGGCUGCGUCACUGAGUUAAUAAAUGACACACAUCGCUUUUGCCUUAUAGACUGUGCAUUGGGCCGAUAUUAUGAACGCAAUAAAUUAAACAAUGACGGAGAACAAUAUUUACACAUUAUGCAAGACAAGAUACACAGCCAUUAUUUAAAUGUAAUAUUACCUAAGCAUUCACCCAUGACUAAACAGUUUAAUAAGUACGUUAUUUGGCUUUUUGAAGCAGGUCUGAUAAAGAAGUGGGAGGAAUACCGAUACGAAGAAAUUAAAGAUGAAAAUCAAAUAAAACCCCUGAGAUUAGAUGAUUUGCUUGGAAUUUUUAAAUGUUACUGUCUUUUGUUGAUUUUCAGUACUUUUAUAUUUUUAAUAGAGGUCGUAAUGGGUAUAUUACAUAAAAUAAGACAAUACUUAAAAGCAAAAAAAGAAAUGAAAAAUAACGUCCAUUCUUAAAUAUAAUAUUUCAGUAUGUUUAUGAGUUUUAAUGUAAAAACUACUGGUUUAACUUACGUGUAAUUAGAUCAAAAAACUUGACUAGUUUCGGAAUCAAUUCGUGAUCCUUAGUCAUGAGCGACUGUGACUAGACCACAAGCUUGACAUUAAAAUAUAAUGUAUGCUCACGAAACUUGUAACAAUAAAAUGUUUAUAAGUUGUUUAUAUUCUACUUAUUCAAGGUGAAUUAUUUUGAAAGAAAUUUGGUACACGAAUAUUUUAUAUGCUGAUUCAUGCUGGUAAAGCCGCUUGUAUGGAAUACGUUAUAAAUCUAUUUCAUAGUGUUUCAUUUGGCUGUAAUUGAUAACAGUAAGAAUUUAUGCAACAGCCAACAAAAUGUCAUGUAAAAUAAAAUAAAAAAAAAAAAACAAUAAUACGAUAUAAGAAUUAAUGUUAUGUUAAAUAUCAUUAUUAAAGUUUUAAUUAUGCAUUGAACAAAAAUAAAGAUUUUUUAAAUUUA